AUGAGCAACUUUCAACGGGAUACCACCACAAAGACGGGAGUAAAAACAGCGAUUCCUGAGACGGAUGAAACAACUAAUCCGUCAACUCGUGCAACGGAGGAAAACCGGAAAUCAUCGAAAUCGGAAGAAUCGACGAAGCAAGGAAAUCACGAUAUAGCGACCACGAUUACACUUAUCUCAGCCGAUAGCAAUAACAACCUGAACAAAGUGCUCGAUGAAACGGCGUCGGCGCCUCGUGACGCUAAAAAGAAAAGAAUUCUUGUUUUGAAUAAACUGAUGACCAUCACAAACAAGCUUCUCACCUUUGUCGGACUAAAAAAGAAGAAAAAGCCGGCUGAUCUCGAAGCGGGUGAAAAUGCUGAGGGCCGGCAAAGAUGGGGAUCAUCACUUCAAUUCAUACUCACGUGUAUCGGCUACGCUGUUGGUUUGGGAAAUAUUUGGAGAUUCCCUGCACUGGCUUUCAAACACGGAGGAGCUGCUUUCCUGAUUCCGUACGUGUGUUGCAGUUUCUUCUUCGGCUUCCCCCUGUUAUACUUUGAGCUCUCGAUCGGACAAUAUUUACAAAGUGGACCCAGCAAGGCUUUCUACAAGUUCAAGCCGAUUUUCCAGGGUAUCGGAUGGACGAUGACUUUUGUGUCGCUGCUGGUCGGCACUUAUUACAGUGUGAUCAUUGCUUGGGUUGGCAUCUACUUGUACUACUUGUUCACAUUUCAAUACGACAAAUGGACAACGUGCAAAAACGAAUGGAACAACAAAGAUGAGUGUAUCUCAAUUCUGGCGGACCAAGAGUGCCUUGCAGCGGGAAAAGGGUUGAAUUACUCGUACCAUGGAGAAUGUGUUAUCGCGAGGCCAAAUGGAACCUAUCGAGCCGCUGCUGAGGAAUUUUUCGAGAAAGAAGUCUUACGGAUGUCGGAUUCGAUUGAGAGCAUAAGCAACAUGAAUUGGCAGGUAUUCAGCUCUUUGGCGAUAAUGUGGAUCCUGAUUGCGUUUGGGUUGUGGAAAGGAGUCAGGCACAUUGGCAAGAUAUCGCUCUUCACUGCCACCGUACCAUAUGUGAUUAUUGCGAUCCUCUUUGUGCGCGGUGUCACGCUGGAGCACGCGAGCGAUGGAAUCAACUUCUACUUGCUGAAACCGGACUUCUCGCACGUGUUGAAGAUCGAUACUUGGCGAUCCGCACUCAUUCAAGUUUGCUUUUCACUUUCGGUUGGAUUUGGUGGAUUGCUGUCGAUGGCCUCCUACAAUCAGCACACUCACAAUUGUUUUCGAGAUGCUGUCAUUGUUGCUUUCGCCGACUCGUUCAUGGCGAUCUUUGGUGGAAUUGCCGUCUUCUCGACAACCGGCUAUUUGGCACAUGUGCAAGGAAAAAACAUCUCCGAAGUGAUUCGAGAGGAAGCAAUCGCAACAAUGAAUGCAUCUUGGCUUUGGGCAUUCCUAUUCUUUCUCAUGCUAUUUCUACUCGGGAUCAGCACACAAUUUGUCUACGCCGAGACCGUCGCGACGUCAUUGAUGGAUCAAUUCCCGAGACUGAAACCGAUGCGAGCCUAUCUCACCACGGGAACGUGUAUUCUUAUGUUCCUCAUCGGAAUAAUCAUGUGUACAGAUGCUGGCAUUUAUUGGUUCAUUAUCUUCAACGACUACACCGGCUCGUUCUCUGUUUGUGUGGCAUGUGUGGCCGAAAUCGUGUGUGUCCUGUAUUUCUAUGGUCCAAAAAAUUGGCGAAAAGAUCUCCAAUCGAUGUUUGGCGAGCCAAAAUACUGUAUUUCUAAAUGGAUUGGGCGUACCGGGUACUACUUUAUGGCUAACUGGAUGGUCGUGUCACCAUUGCUUGGAUCGGUGAUUUUCGUUUUCACAUGCUGGCGCACUGAACCAACAAAAUACGGAAACAAAGCGCUUCCAAUUUGGGCCGAUGCAAUUGGAUGGAUUCUUGGACUGGCUCCCUCGUUGUGCAUUCCAAUUUUCGCCAUUGUCAAUAUUGGGAUUUUUGCGAGGAAAGGAGAUUGGAAAGACGCCUUUCGUGUACAUGAAAGUCAUCGCUCGUAUCUUCGUGUGAGAGGACUGUUGAGUACGAAAGAAUGGUCGAAUCGCGAAAAAAUCAGCUAUGCAGGCGCCGAUGAAGAUGAUGGCGAUGCGGCUGGAAAGAGUCCUUCCCGCGAGUCAAGCUUUGUCUAUUUGAGAACGGCCCGCUCGAGCAGUAGUCGAUUGCACACGAGACCAAGAUCGGUAUCGUGU